AACAAUAACAUGGAAGCGCCCACUGAACUGCAAAACAAGUGACAGAUUGUUGUUGAUGCCCAAUAAACCCGCUUAUAAAACCUCAGAUUCCAUGACUUGAUCCGCUUGCACCAUUUGAACAUGACCCGAGAAUCAUUUCGUGAAUCGGUUCGUCUGUAAGUAAUUGUUGGGCCUCAUCAUCAGAGAAACAGAGUUUGGAAGACUUUAUUAAGACGUUUCAACCUCCACCCCAUAGAGAGGAGCCCCUCCAUCUGUAUCACAAAUAAUGGCCAACAGGGAGCUGUUUUCAGCGUCUCACUCCAAACCUCAGAUCUCCUGUCUUGCUCCACUUGAACCAGAAGUUGUUGAGCCGAACCAGAGAAUUAUUCCCUGGGCAAGCCUUAGUUAUAGAUACAAAGCUCAGCCACAGCCCCCACACAGAUCGGAAGUGACUACCAAGACCAAAAAAGCAAAAUCAAAAAAGGGAAAGAAAACCAAGUCAAAAGUGAAAACACGUUCAUCCAAUGGUGCCUCGUCAACCUCUACCAAUGAUCCAAGUGUGUACGGCAGUGAUCACAUCAGUGCACUGCCUCAAUACUGUCUGCUUAGGAUCUUCAACUACCUCUCUGCGAGUGACCUAUUGAGGGUCGGCUUAGUUUGCAGAAUGUGGAACCAGCUGUCUACAGAUAAAAGCUUGUGGAAGAACGUGAGUCUGGAAGGUACACAAGUGAAGGACUAUCCAAAAGCUGUCAAAAUCUUUCAAGCACGUGGAACCAUUGCAUUGGAUUUUUACAACAACACGAUGAUGGAGUUUACUAGAAGCGUUUACAUGAGGGACAUCUACUCUAUAAUCAAGAGACUUCCUCAGCUGCAGUACCUUCACUUUGGCCACGCUUCCACCUCCGUCAUCAGUCAGGUCCCACAGUGUCUACCAGACUUAAGAGUUCUGCAAGUACACUGGCUGGAAGGAAUGUUCUCAAAGAGGCCCAACGUAACCUUUGACCUUGGAAAGCUGAGCAAACUGUCCCAAUUGCGAGUGUUGAAGAUUCGCUCCAUCAACAGCUUGGCACUGCCUCAUAUGUCAUUUUCUGAUGGGCUUGCAAGCCUGGGAAAGCUACAACACUUGCAGAAGCUGUCGCUGACAAGUCUUGAUGAGAAUCGCAUUUGCCCGCUGGACUACGAGUUCUUGACCAGACUUCCUGAACUGAGGGAACUGGAACUGGGCGACUGUGGGAACUGGAGGACUGAGGUGUAUAAGAUCUUGGGCAAGCUGACCAGACUGCGCAGUUUAAGACUAGAGAACGGAGGCUGCUGGUGUAAGGGCGAUUCAUUGGCUAACGGACUAUAUAUCUGUACAUGUAAUAUCUCAGAGACUCUGAGCAAGCUGAAAGAGUUGGAGAAGUUGGAGUUGAUAAUGUACAGAAUGCCAAGCGAUAUCAACCCUGCCCUGACGAGUCUACUCAAACUUUCCUCUUUGACAUUUUGGCCCACGGCCAGCUUGCGAGGUUACACUCAAGGACCGUGUCCAACAGUAUGUAGUGCUGGGCUGAUUCAAACAAACUCUGAAAAGUGCCGAACUCUUGCAAACCUCCACAGUCUCCGUACUUUGAUUUGGGGGGUGCCCAUCAUCACCUAUAACGUACCUGAGAAGUUCUACCCUUACAACGUCACCACGGAAAAAGCAGUCAAGAGCGAUAAAGUCAAGGCGCUGACGGAGAUGCUUGGGAAGCAGUUUCCGAACACUGCAGUGAACGUUUUAAUCGUACCAGUGGUGAUCGUCAAGGAUAGACAGUGCUUUUGCAGUGGCUCGUUCGACUCUUCGAGCUCAUCGGAGAGCUGGACGGAGAGCGACAGCUCGGAGAGUGACUACGAGUGGGAGUGGUGAAAUGAUGAUAACUCAUAAACAUUGCAUGUCCAUCACGGUCAAGUUCGCGCAAGGAUCAAUGAUUAAUUGUUUAGUGACGUGCGAAGGGGGCAUGUGCACAGAAGUUGUAGUGUGAAUGACUGUAGUCAUGUCAUCAGCACGACAUUCGACUUAAACGCAUGACACGUUAUCAUUUUGUUAUAACUGGUCCACUCUGUGCUGUGCUAAGAAAACGGCUGUUGGUAACCAGUGAUGCGACCAUGACCGGUAGGUUGGUUCCAAAUAGUCGACUAGCGUAGUCAAACUACACAGAGUUUGGGCAAUGGUAGUCAAACUAUGGUUAAUGACAGCAAAUUUGGCCGUUGCUGCUGCCUUUACUGUCUUGUUCCUUGCGUAUAAAAGCACAAAUGAAGGCUGGCGUCAUUAUACACAGAAAAGGGACCUGACUAUUUUUCCACUUCAGUCUCAUUUGUUUGUUUGAUAACAAUGAUUUGAAUGAUUUAAAUGGGUGGACUGUUUGAUUCAAUCAAGUUGACAUUGUACACAUCUUUCUUGGUGCUCCAUCUCUAAAAGACUGCCGCCAUUAGUGAGGUCAAACGAUGGAAACAUGCUCGCUUGUUUGCACCUACCCACAUCUCUAAUUAGCAAAUAAAAGGUCUACAUUUCAAUAAAUGAGGGCGCUGUUUUAGCUUGUGACAUCAUAGGCUAGGGGUCAAAAGCAAACACAGAUACUGAGUUUUACGAGAAAAAAAAGGCCCGACAAUAAUUGUUGUGAUCCAAAUUUAAAGAGACCCAAAUUAUUCACCAUCACUUUAUCUUAUAGGCAGGGUAUACUUUUGGAAAUUGUCAAAGACCAGUAUCCAUUUAGACAUGAGCCCUAAGAAACUUUAUUACUCUCGAAAAAGAAGGAAUUAUUGUUCCUAUAUUUUGUGUAUCCCAACAAACCAGUGAAAAUUUUGACUCCUGGAGUGAAUCAGUAGUAACCGAAGUUGCACGAAAGUAGUGACAAAAACCCCACCUCGUUGCAUAGAGUGGCCUGAAGCCUUUCUCAGAUUCAAAUUUUUUGGCUGAAAAAUCUCUUUCUCUAAAACUACAUUAAUUACAGCUCUCUCAUCAAGUACCGGUAAAGGGUAUAUUUUUAUGGUCUAUAGUUUUUAGAGUAAUUACCAAAGGUAUACCCUCCCUUUCACAUGUUGGACAAUUAUUUGAUUAUGUUUUGAUGUCGUUAAAAUGAAUAGUAGUUUUACAAGAAAAACUCUUUCCCAACUGAUCAGUAUGAGAUGAGGAGGUUAAGGUCUUACAGCUAAGGUUCAAAUCAAGAGCAACUAAAAAGGCCAGACAGGAAAACAAUCUAGGAACGUACAACAAGUAACUUUGAAAUCUCAUUCAGUAGUUUUAAAUUCUCAUGCUAAUGAAGGAUUGUUCUAUCAAUUGUUUCAUUUGAGAAAGGGAAAGAGAUUCUUCCAAAACUUUACCACCAUGUUCUGCUAAGCAAAAAUAAAAAAGGGAACCAGUUACAAACAAGAUACAUUGCAUGAGUGACAUUUUAGCCGGUAUCCUGUAUAAAAUGUAUCUGUGCUUAGCAAAUUUAUCUGCUUAACUACUCGGAAAUCAACCACACUGGACCUAAUUUUCAUAAAGCUGUGAAGCAAAAAAAAGUGCUUAGCAAUUGUUAUUACUGUUUUCUGCUAAGCAAAACUUAGCAGGGAAUCAGUCACAAACAAUGUACAUACAGGAGUAAUUUGUUUCUACUAAGCAAAACUUGUUCUGCUAAGCAGCUCUAUGAAAUUGGGUCAUGGUCUGAACGAGUAACAUGUUUUAUCUUAGCCAGAUUUCUGAGAUAAUCACAAACAUUUUCCAGUCGAUGUUCAUCCAUUUUGUUGAACUAGAUCUAACCCAUGCUUGUUACACCGUAUAGCCUCAAUCAUUUCAGUCCAUUCAAAGUCACUCACUGUGCACGUUUAUCUUUGCAUGAAAACACACAUAAAUGAAACAAAAUAAAAGCGAGAUUUUUUGUUCUGACAGAGA